AUGGCCUACCGCUCUCCUCUGGUGCUGUGCCUGGUGGCCGCUGCCGUGUUGCUGAUUGCGCCUCAGGCCUUCGUCCCUUCGCCAAAGAGCCAGACUGCAGGGGCUGCGCUGGCUGCAGGCGCAGCUGCAGGUUCAAUGGCCGUGCCAGCUUGGGCCUACGACCAGCAGGUGAUGGAUGCUCAGAUGCUGCUGGCACGCAUUCCCGGCGGAAAGCGCACUCAGGAGCUUGGCCUUGUGAUCCCAAUGGCUGAGGAGGACGGCCUGACGGAUGGGCAGGUGGCUGGCCUGUUCUUGAUUGCUCUUGUGGUCUUCAUCUCUGCCAUCGAUCUGGCAAAGACCAUGUACAACGGCAUCAACCCUGCCAAGUUCAAGACCUCCAAGGGCAAGGGCUACAUCAGCCCUCUGGUCAAGCGCUACAUCGAGAACGGCCUGAAUGGGCUUCUCGGCAGCGCCCUGCAUGGUGGAGGCGCCCUGCUCGAGGCAGCUCUGUGCUGCAGCUCAGAUCUCGCACCUCAGCCGCAGACUCCGCAGACCUGCGAAGUGUUUGGCUUGUCCCGCAUUGCUGCCAGGUCGCUAGCAGAGCCGGCGAUUUAUGUGGACACAGAGGGAUCUUUCGUCCCGGAGCGGUACAUGCAGGUUUGCGAAGCACUGCUUUCUGAGACAAGGCCGACCCUCGAUGCUGCUUCCGUCUGCCGCCUGCUGGAGGCAAGGCUGGGAUGCGCCGACUUCAUGUUUGUCGUGCGUACGAUGCGACAGAGCUGUACUCCACCAUCAAACAGCUCGGAAAUUUCAUUCAGGGAAGACCACGCAUUCGUGCCCUCGUGGUGGACUCGAUUGCCUUCAGCUUCCGCCAUGAGCUCAUGGACAACACCGCGCAGCGUGCCAGGGUGCAAUGCAGUUUUCCGGGAACUGAAGUGUAAUGUCAUGCCUGUCCAGAUCACUGUGCUUUGGGAAGUUUCCGAGAGAUUUGUGAGGGAAACUAUAGCCAAGAUACAGCAGUUCGGCAUUGUGUCGCGUCCUCAUGUUCAUGUUCAGUAUGCUGACAUCGGUCAUGCAGCGUUUGAUUUGGGCUCAACUCAGAGCACACCCACUAGUUCCCUUGUCGGCCUAGCACGGGCACACAGCGCCGUGGCUCAUGCAGCCAUGGCAGCUGGGCGUCAAGGAAACCCGGGAGGGGACGGGACGGGUUCGUGGAAGUCUGACAUGGAGGACAGCAUUGGUAAAGAACUCAGCGAUUUUAGAGAGAGAGCUUUGGAAGUAGCUAGCACCUGCGCGACAGAUUUCGAAGCGACCUCUGCGUUGCCGCGCAGUGUGCUGGAACCUCACUGGAGCGCAGACUUCGAGAGCUUUUGCUGGCAAAGCAUCCCACUGAUCGAUCCGGCGCGUUUUUCGUUGGACCAUUUGAUUCGACCGUCGUGCGAAGGUCUGCACGCCCAGAUCGAAGUUCACGUAGAUCAUGCAUCAGGGCAGAAGGUCGUCGCAAAGCGCUUCACCAGGGCAUAUCUUCACGACAGCCCUCGUGCUUUCCGAGAGUCCGACGCAUUCUGCGGAGAGGAUCCUUGGACCGAGAUGUUUCUGGCCAUGAAGCUGGGACAGGACGGUCCAGACCGCAUCAAAGGAGUGCUGCCAUGUUACGGCGUUUAUCGUGAUGCCAGUGACUCUGCGCUCCUGAUCAUGGAGUGGGCCUCUGGUGGCGAUGUUUUCGAGUACGCGAGCAGCCUCGGUGAGCCGGGGCCGGCCAGGGAAGCACAG